AUGGAGGUCAUGCUGUGGAACGACAAGAGGGAGCGGGACAUGUACGAGAACUUCGCGGAGCUGUACGCCAUCAUCAAGACGACGGAGAAGCUGGAGAAAGCCUACGUCCGCGACCUCGUCUCCUCCGGGGACUACGAGACCGAGUGCCUCAAGCUGAUCACCCAGUUCAAGAACCUCUCCUCCUUCCUCCGGGACGUCGUUCCCUCCGUCGAGAGCUUCGCCGAAACCUAUAAGAUGGACUGCCCAGCCGCGCUGAACCGGCUCAUCGUCUCCGGCGUCCCCGCCACCGUCGAGCACCGGACGGCUUCCAUGUCUUCUUCGUCGUCGGGAUCCUCCGCCGCGGUGGUCGCCGAGUGCGUCCAGCACUUUAUCACCGCCAUGGAUUCGCUGAAGCUGAACAUGGUGGCGGUCGAUCAGGUGUAUCCCCUGCUCUCAGAUCUGUCGGGAUCUCUGGCGAAGUUGGGUGGGGGGAUCGUGCCUCCGGACUUCGAAGGAAGGGUUAAGGUCAAGGAUUGGAUCUUACGGCUGUCGAAGAUGGGGGCGGCCGACGAGCUGACUGAGCAGCAGUCCCGUCAGCUCCACUUCGAUCUCGAGUCUUCGUACACUGCAUUCAUGGCUGCUCUUCCCAACGCCGGCUCUUGA